AUGUCCAAUUUUUCGAGCCCAUGUGGGCCUCAUGAUGCACCAAAUAACAGAUCAGGACCAGACCAAGGCUCUCCUUUAAAUUAUCGUAAGACUCGAGAUGAUGUGGGAAAUUCGAAUAUUAAGGUCAUUUGUCGGUUUCGACCUCCCAAUGAAUAUGAGAAGACUAAAGGGAAACAGAUUUCAAAACUUGUUAAUGAUUCAACGGUAUUGAUAGGAAGUCGAGAGAAUGCGACCACCUAUACCUUUGAUAGGGUGUUUGACGUCAAUUCUAAACAACAAGACAUAUAUCAAUACUCUAUAAGUCAAGCAGUUGAGGAUUUUUUAAAUGGGUACAAUGGAACUAUCUUUGCGUAUGGCCAGACUGGUUCUGGUAAAUCAUACACUAUGAUGGGUCCGUUUAUCAAUGACGAGGAACAACAGGGUAUAAUACCUCGAAUAUGCAACGAAAUUUUUGAAAAGAUUAAUAAUAGCUCUUCAGAUAUGGAAUAUACAGUGGGGGUGUCAUACAUGGAGAUAUACAUGGAGCAGAUCAGAGACUUGCUAGAUCCAAGAUCAGAUACAAAUAGUAAAUUCGUUAUCCAAGAAGACAAGGCACAUGGUGUACAUGUCAAGGGUAUAUCACAAGCAUUUGUAUCAUCAUCAAAGGAGUUGUAUGCUGUUUUAGAUCAAGGGUCGAAGGCAAGAUCUAAUUCGAUAACGAAUAUGAAUAUUGAGUCGUCUAGAUCGCAUGCGAUUUUACAAAUCAACUUGUCCCAAAAACAACUAUUUGAUGAUACAAUCAAAAGAAGCCACUUAUUCUUAGUAGAUUUAGCAGGAUCUGAAAAGGUCGACAAGACAGGAGCAAUGGGUCAGACUUUAGAGGAAGCUAAAAAAAUCAAUAGUUCACUUUCGGCUUUAGGUAAUGUGAUUAAUUCUUUAACAGACGGCAAAUCAUCCCAUAUUCCAUAUAGAGAUUCAAAAUUGACACGAAUAUUACAGGAGUCUUUAGGUGGUAAUUCAAGAACAUCAUUGAUAAUAAACUGUUCACCUUCAUCGAUAAAUGAGCUUGAAACAUUAUCAACUUUGAGAUUUGGUUCUCGGGCGAAAAAGAUUAAAAAUAAUGCAUACAUCAAUACAGAGUUGAGUUCGAUAUCUUUGCAAUUAAAAGUUCAAUCUUUAGAGGAAACAAAUAAACAGAAUCAAGCAUACAUUAAAAAAUUGGAAAGCGAACUAUCACAAAGGAAAGGUAUUUCAUAUCUGACACCUUUUAAAUCAUAUAAUACUCUAUUUGAGGAAGAUACGUCAGCCUCAGAAUAUUCUUCUAAAAUACCCAUUGCAAAGCCGAAUUCUCCAAAUAGGUCAAAUAAAUCUCAUCAGCUUAUUGAUGAAUUAAAGCUAAGGGAUGCUAAGAUAACAGAGUUAGAAAACAUCGUUUUAAGCAUGAAAAUGCAAAAUUUAAAACUAUCACACCAAGAAGAAUUAAAAUUAUUCAAGUUGGAAGAUACAUUGCAUAAGCUCAAUGAUAAAUUAAGUGAUGUUGAAAUAAUAAAUGUUAAUUUACGGAAACAUCUUCUAAUAAGUGAGAAAAUUAUUGAAUCAAGAGAUAUAAAAAUUGACAAGUUGAAGGCUUCUCUAAUGGAGCAACAAUCCCAGGUCCUGAGAGAUGGCGUUAAUUUUGAGAAUAAGCUCAGCUCAAUCAAAGAGAGGUUGGAUGCCUAUGCAAAACAGAAAUCUAACGAAGAAACCAAAAAACCUGCCACUGCUGUUGGUGAAGAUGGUAAUCGUAUGGCCUAUCAGAGCUACAACUCAACAGGACGCAACGAUGAUGACGACGACAAAGCUGACGUAUUAUCUGAAAGCACCAAUGGAAAAGUGCCUGGUUUUUCAAUCCAACGAAACGUACCAACUUCACCGAUUUCACCAAAGAUGGGUUUAAACUUGAAUAUUGUCAAGCCUCUUAGAGGUGGGAGAAGCUAUUUUGAUGAAGACGGCUGCUUUUGA